CAUAAAUUCUCCACCUCCCAGGUCCCUUUUCAGGUCCCAGAAUAUCGUUAGUAAAACACACGCUAUAGCUCGAGUAUAUAAUAAGUACGUCAAUAAAUAUUAUUGAUUCCCUGUUGAUAGUACUGUCAUGUUCGAUUCUCUACAGCAUCUCAACACUGCACCGGUAACAUUUGCGUUUGGGGCCCUGCCUCUUGGCCUCCUUCUUUUUUGGUACUUACGACCUGCACCACGACUCACUCAGAUCCUGCCAACACAAGAGAGAGUCCUCAUAUUAGGUUCAACGAGUGGAGUAGGUCGAACCCUUGCUCAUCAAUAUGCGAAGAGAGGUGCGCGGAUAUGCUUGGUAGGACGGAGGGAGUCGAUGCUCCAAGAGGCUGCUCAGGAAUGCAGGAAACUAUGUCAAAGCGAUCGUGUGUUGUGUGUGCGCGGAGAUUGCGCAAGCGUGGAAGACAUGGCAAAAGUGCGUGACGCGGUAAUCAAGGAGUGGGAUGGCAUCGACACGCUCAUAAUCACGGCUGGUGUUUCUGCCCUUCAACCAUUGAUGACAGUUGCUGGAGUGACUGCUUCCAAAGACGGUCUCUCUCCGCCACAUGCCACUGCCGAAGCCAUUAACCACGCGGUUGGUGUCGCUCAAGCAGCCAUCAAUGGCAAUUUCUUCGGUCCAUACAUUGCCGCGAUCACAUUUAUACCUCUCCUCACGUCCUGUUCCACGUCACCAUCUAUCCUUCUUCUUUCAAGUGUGGCAGCAAUUAUUCCUGCGCCAACACGCACCCUUUACGCUUCUACUAAAUCAGCUUCCCUAGUACUCUUUCAGGCGCUUGCAAUCGAGCACCCCCGUAUAUCAUUCAUAUCCUUCCUUCCCGCAACGAUCGAGGGUGACUUCCGCGCGUCCGCGGUCGACACAUCGCCCAACUCUUCUCCCGUUAUACACGAGGCUGACCCGAACAAACAUGGCUUGCGACGUGAGGUGGUGGCGACACGCUGUAUUCAGGCUAUCGAUCGCAAAGAGAAGACAGUCUUCAUGCCCCAGUACAUGCGAAUUGGACACAUUUUGUAUUGGAUCUGGCCAGCAUAUGUGGAAUGGAGGGCAAGGGUGAAGUAUAAUUUUAGAGCCAACUAGGGAGAAUCCCUUAGUGUCUUCUCUCGGAUGGAUAAAUGGACACUUUAGAAACCACCCCCGGAACCGAUUUAUCUAGUCUGCGCGACACGGACAGGACCACGCGUUGUGAGAAUCGUUCAGUCGAUUCAUGCUCUUACCUAUAAGCUAGCCGCUGGUCCUGACUAGUAGAUCUUAACAAUGUUUCCGAUCCAUGAUAUGCAUUUGUUACGUGGCCCAGCGUGGUUUGCAUGACAUUGUACUUGACCUCUGCCUGUACGGUCCAUGUCAUGCAUCAUGGAUAGAUUGUAAGAUGAAAGCCCUGAUAUCAAACCAUUAAUAUUGUCCAACAGGGAGCUGGAUAGCAUUAUGCCACACGGUAUUGGUAUACUUAUACUUAGUGAUAGAAUGAAUUCGUUUUCCUUAUACAGUACGUAGCAGUAUCUGCGGCGCCUA